GGGGGGUGUCGGGGCGGCCGCGGCGGGAGGCAGCGGGCCUGAAGGCCGCGUCCAUGGGCCCGCGGCGGCCGCGCGGCGUCGGGGGCGGCGGCGUCGGGGGCGGCGGCGGCGGCGGUGGCGGUGCGGGCCGGCGCGGGGCGGCGCGCGCGCUGUGAGGCCCGGGCGGCGGCGGCGGAGCCUCGCGCGUGCGGCGGGGCCGAGGCCUGCGGCGGCGGCGGCCGGCGGGGCAUGCGGCGCGGGUGGCCGAGCUGACCAAGGAGCGCGCGCCGCCCGCGGCUCUGCCGCCCACCAUGUCGGCCGCCAAGGAGAACCCGUGCAGGAAAUUCCAGGCCAACAUCUUUAACAAGAGCAAGUGUCAGAACUGCUUCAAGCCGCGCGAGUCGCACCUACUCAACGACGAGGACCUGACGCAGGCAAAGCCCAUCUACGGUGGCUGGCUUCUCCUGGCUCCGGAUGGGACUGACUUUGACAAUCCUGUGCACCGGUCUCGGAAAUGGCAGCGGCGGUUCUUCAUCCUCUACGAGCACGGCCUCCUGCGCUACGCCCUGGAUGAGAUGCCCACGACCCUCCCACAAGGCACCAUCAACAUGAACCAGUGCACAGACGUGGUGGAUGGUGAGGGCCGCACUGGCCAGAAGUCCUCCCUGUGCAUCCUGACGCCUGACAAGGAGCACUUCAUCAGGGCUGAGACCAAGGAGACCAUCAGCGGGUGGCUGGAGAUACUCAUGGUCUAUCCCAGGACCAACAAGCAGAACCAGAAGAAGAAGCGCAAGGUGGAGCCACCCACACCACAGGAACCAGGGCCCGCCAAAGUGGCUGUGACCAGCAGCAGCAGCAGUAUCCCCAGUGCAGAGAAGGUCCCCCCCACCAAGUCCACGCUCUGGCAGGAAGAAAUGAGGGCCCAGGACCAGCCGGACGGGAGCAGCCUGAGUCCAGCUCAGAGUCCCAGCCAGAGCCAGCCUCCUGCGGCCAGCUCCCUCCGAGAGCCAGGGCUGGAAAGCCGAGAAGAGGAGAGCACCAUGAGCAGCGACCGCAUGGACUGUGGCCGCAAGGUCCGCGUGGAGAGUGGCUACUUCUCCCUGGAGAAGACCAAGCAAGACCUGAAGGCUGAGGAGCAGCAGCUGCCCCCGCCGCUCUCCCCUCCCAGCCCCAGCACCCCCAACAACAGGUACAGUGGCCAUGAGUCACCCUCCCAGGAGCUCUGCCGUCCCCUUGGCCCACCAGGUCUUAUAGCAGCCGGCCGCAUGGUCUGCAGCACCUCCCUCGGCUCCCUGGCUGUGGCCAGUCGGCCUUCCACCUACACGGACUCUGGCUGCGCUGGGAGGCAGGGGCCUGAGAGACCGGGGAGCGCCUUUGCCUUCAAAGCCAGCAGGCAGUAUGCCGCCCUGGCCGACGUCCCCAAGGCCAUCCGCAUCAGCCACCGAGAAGCUUUCCAGGUAGAGAGAAGGCGGCUGGAGCGGAGGACUCGGGCCCGGAGCCCUGGCAGGGAAGAGGUGGCACGUCUCUUUGGCAAUGAACGGAGGAGGUCCCAAGUCAUUGAGAAGUUUGAGGCCUUGGACAUUGAGAAGGCAGAGCACAUGGAGACCAAUGCCUCAGCUGUGACCCCACCAUCGAGUGACACGCGACAAGGUCGCAGCGAGAAGAGGGCAUUCCCUAGGAGGCGGGACCUCACCAGCGAAGCCCCCACAGCUCCGCUCUCAGACGCCACGACCUCCCCCCUGUCUCCACACCGACGAGCCAAGUCACUGGACAGGCGGUCCACGGAGUCCCCCAUGACGCCCGACCUGCUGAACUUCAAGAAAGGCUGGCUGACCAAGCAGUAUGAGGAGGGCCAGUGGAAGAAGCACUGGUUUGUCCUCGCCGACCAAAGCCUGAGAUACUACAGGGAUUCCGUGGCUGAGGAGGCAGCUGACUUGGAUGGGGAGAUCGACCUGUCCACUUGUUAUGAUGUCACAGAGUAUCCAGUCCAGAGGAACUAUGGCUUCCAGAUCCAUACCAAGGAGGGCGCGUUCACCCUGUCGGCCAUGACCUCCGGGAUCCGGCGCAACUGGAUCCAGACCAUCAUGAAGCACGUGCACCCUGCCACCGCCCCGGACGUGACCAGCUCCCUGCCAGAGGAGAAGAGCAAGAGCAGCUCCCCUUUGGAGGCCUGCCCAAGGCCCAGUGACAAGCCCGAGGCCGAGCCUGGGGAGCCCGACCCGGAGCUGAAGAGGAGCCGUGCCCGGGAGCGGAGGCGGGAGGGCCGCUCCAAGACCUUUGACUGGGCCGAGUUCCGCCCCAUCCAGCAGGCCCUGGCUCAGGAGAGGGCUGCCCGGCCCCCCAACACCCAGGAACCUGGGCAUCCUGAGGCAGAGCCUGGUGAGCUGGAACGGGAGCGUGCGCGUCGCCGGGAAGAGCGGCGCAGGCGCUUCGGGAUGCUAGACACCCCGGACGGAUUGGGCACCGAGGAUGCUGCCCUGCGCAUGGAGAUUGACCGGAGCCCAGGGUUGCCUGGCCCCAGCGACCUGAAAGCGCAGAACGUCCAUGUGGAGAUCGAACAGCGCUGGCAUCAGGUGGAGACCACCCCGCUGCGGGAAGAGAAGCAGGUGCCCAUCGCUCCCCUGCACCUGCCCUCUGAGGAUGGCACUGAUCGCCUCUCUACGCAUGAGCUGACCUCCCUGCUGGAGAAGGAGCUGGAGCAGAGCCAGAAGGAGGCCUCGGACCUUCUGGAGCAGAACCGGCUCCUGCAGGACCAGCUGAGGGUGGCCCUGGGCCGCGAGCAGAGUGCCCGUGAGGGCUACGUGCUGCAGACUGAAGUGGCCACCUCCCCAUCGGGUGCCUGGCAGAGACUCCAUAAAGUCAACCAGGACCUGCAGAGAGAGCUGGAAGCCCAGUGCCAGCGCCAGGAGCUGAUCACACAGCAGAUUCAGACCCUGAAGCGUAGCUAUGGGGAGGCCAAGGACGCCAUCCGGCACCACGAGGCCGAGAUCCGGAGCCUGCAGGCGAGGCUCAGCAAUGCCGCGGCCGAGCUGGCCAUCAAGGAGCAGGCGCUGGCCAAGCUGAAGGGCGACCUGAAGCUGGAGCAGGCCAGGGUCCGGGAGCAGCUGGAAGAGCGGCAGCAGCGCGAGGCCGUGCUCAGCGCUCAGCUGAGGGCCAGUGAGCAGAAGCUGCAGAGCGCUGAGGCCCUGCUCCUGGAGAGGACGCAGGAGCUGCGAGGCCUGGAGACGCAGCAGGCACUGCAGCGGGACCGGCAGAAGGAAGUGCAGAGGCUGCAGGAGCGGGUGGCUGCGCUCAGCCAGCAGCUAGGUGCCAGUGAGCAGGCUCAGCGGCUGAUGGAGGAGAAGCUGCAGAGCAACUAUGCGCUGCUGCUGCAGAGCUGUGAGGAGGAGAAGCGGGCGCUGCUGCAGAGCCUGAAGGAGCUGGAGGACAAGGCCAGCCUCUACGAGGACCAGCUGCAGGACCACGCGCAGCAGGUGGAGGCCCUCGAGAAGGAGAAGCUGAGCGCCAGGUGUGAGGGCAGUGAGCAGGUGCACCAGCUGGAGCAGCAGCUGGAGGCCCGGGAGACCAGCCUGCGCCAGCUCGCAGAGCACGUGCAGCACCUGCGGGAGGAGCGCGACCUCAGCAGGCAGCGGCUGCAGGAGCUGACGGAGCGGGUGGCCGCGUCCCAUGACGAUGUGGCCGCCCUGCAGGAGAAGCUGAGCGGGCGGGAAGCUGACUACGAGAGUCUGGAGCGCUCCUACCACAGCGUCUCGGAGCAGCUGCAGAGCACGCACACACUGCUCCGGCAGAGGGAGGAGGAGCUGCGGUGCAUCAGAGACGCGCACGAGAACGUGCUGGAGAAGAAAGAGCAGGAGCUCCGCGAGGCUCUGGUUAAAGUGGUCGCCCUGGGCAGCAGCUUGGAGGAAACGGAAAUAAAGCUGCAAGCCAAGGAAGAGAUUCUAAGGAAGUUUGCAGAGGAGCCUUCGGGGGCCCUGGAAGACAGAGAGCAAGAGGGGGGCAUUGCCCUUCCAGGCCAGCAGCACCCAGCUGCCAGCAGCACACCCUUGGGCUUCCCACACGCACCGCUGGAGGACGAGGCCCCAGCAGCUGCCCUGGGGGACGAGGGUGGUGAUGGCAGCCCUGGCAAAGAGGAGGGCACAGCACCGCCAAAGUCAGCCGAAGUGUGCAGCAGGGAGGGCCAUCUGCAGAGCUCAGCCAAGCCCGACACGGGAGCAGCUGGGGGGAAGAGGCAGAGAAUCCGGUUCUCCACGAUCCAGUGCCAGAAGUAUGUGCAGCCCGAGGGGUCUGAAAAGACCUGGACCAGCAGCACGUCGUCGGACACUAGUCAGGAGCGCUCGCCCUCUGAGGAGAGCGUGUGUUCAGAGGCCGCGCCCGGCGCUCUGCCCGCAGCCAGCGAUGCAGAGACGUACCUGUCCAUCAUCCACUCCCUGGAGACCAAGCUCUACGUCACAGAGGAGAAGCUCAAGGAUGUGACCCUGAGGCUGGAAAGCCAGCAGGGCCAGAGCCGGGAGGCACUGCUCGUGUUGCACCAGCAGUGGGCUGGUGCUGAGGCGCAGCUCCGCGAGCAGCUGCGCGCCAGCCUGCUGCAGGUCGGCUCCCUGGCUGCCCAGCUGGAGCAGGAGAGACGCGAGAGGGCCUCGGGCGUCGAGAGCCACGUCGGGGAGCUGGGGGACUUCCAGGUGAAGAACAGCCAGGCCCUGUCGUGCUUAGAGAGCUGCCGGGAGCAGCUGAGGCUGCUGCCACGGGCCGGCCAGGACAAGCAGGAUGCAGGCCUGACCUCCCUGGCUGGCGUGGAGAGCGCACUCGUGAGCAUCAUGCAGGCCCUGCAGCCCUGGCCCAGCCCUGCAGACAGCGGGGUGCAGGCAUGGCUGGAGGAAAGACGGCUGGUGGAGGGCGGGGCGGGCCCCCCUGCCCAGGGCCCUCAGCCGGAGCUGAGCGAGCAGCAACAGGUGAAGCUGCUGUCAGACCAGAUGGCCCUGGAGGCCUCUCUGAUCAGCCAGAUAGCGGAUUCUCUGAAGAGCACCACCUUGGACGUGUCCCGCGUCCUCAGUGAGCUGUCGCGAGCAGGGGAACUGCCGCUGGAGGCUGAGCGGGGUACCCACUUGGCCCUGGCGCCCGCAGAGGCCUGGGCCAGGAAGGUGCUGGUAGACGGCGAGUUCUGGAGCCAGGUGGAAUCCCUGAGAAAGCACCUGGGGACACUGGGAGGAGAAGCUGCCAGCGUCUCGGGAGGCGGGCAGCAGCAUGUCCCGCAGGGCCUGGCUGAGGCCACGUGGGUCAGGGCAGAGCUCAGCUUUGCCACGCAGUCAGUGAGAGAGUCGUUCCAGCACAGGCUGCAGAGCAUCCAGGAGACCCUGCAGGGGACGCAAAGGGCCCUGCGACAGCACAAGUGCAUGCUGGGGGAGAUCCUGAGAGCCUACCAGACACCGGACUUUGAGCGCGUGAUGCAGCGGGUGUCAGAGGCCCUGGGGCCGGCAGUGGGCAGUGAGGACAGUGUACACACAUUCUGGGAGCUGAGCCCUUCAGAAACGCUGGGUCCAGACACAGAGGGCUCCCAGGAGCCCCUGCGGGGGCCACAGCAGAGCCCACAGGCCCUCGUGGCCAUCCAGGAAGAGCUGGCCCAGCAGCUGAAGGAGAAGGCCAGGCUGCUGGAGGAGAUCUCGGCUGCCCUCCCGUCUCUGCCGCCCUGGGAGUCACUUGGGGGCUGCCGGAGGCUCCUGCAGGCAUCCCACGAGCUCUCCUAUAGCGCCUGCCUGGGAGGCCUCGGGCAGUACUCAUCCCUGCUAGUCCAAGACGCCAUCAUCCAGGCUCAGGUGUGCUACGCAGCCUGCAAGAUCCGGCUCGAGUACGAAAGGGAGCUCCGCUUCUACCGGGAGUCCUGGCAGAGCGGGGGCACCUCCUGCCAGGAGCAGGCGCUGCGGGAGGAGUACGAGGAACUGCUCCAUAAGCAGAAAAGCGAGUACCUGCAGCUGAUCGCCAUCAUUGAAAGGGAGAACGCCGAGCUCAAAGCCAGGGCCAGCCAGCUGGGCCUGCAGCAGCCGUGUCUGCAGGAGGCAGAGAGCAAGCGCAGUGAGAGCACAGAGCUGCAGGGCAGCUGCGUGGCGGAGCACAGCCGGGUGUGGAGCCAGCUGGGCGCCCCGGCCAGGGACAGUCAGGAUCUGGAGCGGCACCAUGGGCAGCAGGUGCAGACCCUGGAGGAUCGGUUCCAGCUCAAGGUCAAGGAGCUGCAGACGAUCCACCAGGAGGAGCUGAGGGCUCUGCAGGAGCACUACUCGCACAGCCUGCGCCACCUGCAGGAGACCCUCGGCCUUGGCCCACAGCCUCUGCCCGAGGCUCUGCCAGCCCCCAGCGCCACCUGGCCAGCCCAGCCUGCCGUGGCCCUGGGGGAGGCCGACUCCAUGACGGGUCUGCGGGAACGCAUCCAGGAACUAGAGGCCCAGAUGGACAUGAUGCGGGAGGAGCUGGGCCACAAGGAGCUGGAAGGUGACACGGCCUCCUUGCGUGAGAAAUACCAGCGGGACUUGGAGAAUCUCAAGGCCACGUGCGAGCGCGGCUUUGCCGCCAUGGAGGAGACGCACCAGAAGAAGAUCGAGGACCUGCAGAGGCAGCACCAGCGGGAGCUGGAGAAGCUGCGGGAGGAGAAGGACCGGCUCCUGGCCGAGGAGACCGCUGCCACCAUCUCAGCCAUUGAAGCCAUGAAGAAUGCCCACCGGGAGGAGAUGGAGCGGGAGCUGGAGAAGAGCCAGCGGUCGCAAAUCAGCAGCAUCAACUCCGACAUCGAGGCACUACGGCGGCAGUACCUGGAGGAGCUGCAGUCAGUGCAGCGCGAGCUGGAGGUGCUGUCGGAGCAGUACUCGCAGAAGUGCCUGGAGAACGCGCACCUGGCGCAGGCGCUGGAGGCUGAGCGGCAGGCCCUGCGGCAGUGCCAGCGCGAGAACCAGGAGCUCAAUGCGCACAACCAGGAGCUGAAUAACCGCCUGGCCGCGGAGAUCACACGGUUACGGACCCUGCUGACCGGGGAUGGGGGCGGAGAGGCUGCUGGGUCGCCCCUGACACAGGGCAAAGAUGCUUAUGAGUUGGAGGUCCUACUGCGGGUCAAGGAGUCUGAGAUCCAGUACCUGAAGCAGGAGAUCAGCUCCCUCAAGGACGAGCUGCAGACGGCGCUGCGGGACAAGAAGUAUGCGAGCGACAAGUACAAAGACAUCUACACAGAGCUCAGCAUCGCCAAGGCCAAGGCCGACUGUGACAUCAGCAGGUUGAAAGAGCAGCUGAAAGCAGCCACAGAGGCACUGGGGGAGAAGCCCCCCGAGAGCACUGCUGUGGGCUAUGACAUCAUGAAGUCCAAGAGCAACCCUGACUUCCUGAAGAAGGACCGAUCCUGUGUCGGCCGGCAACUCCGAAACAUCAGGUCCAAGUCCGUAAUUGAGCAGGUCUCAUGGGAUAACUGACACGCGUCCGCUUCCAGGUCCCCUGGCGUAGAGUCUGAAGGAAGGCCUGACGGUGCAGGAGCGGCUGAAGCUCUUUGAAUCCAGGGACUUGAAGAAAGACUGACCAGUGGGCGCUCCCGGCUGCCCCCCCCCCCCCCGGCUUUGUGCCUUCCUCGUCGUUGCUGUCCCUGCUGUCACUAACUGGGUUUGGAUGCAUGAGAGACUGGGCGGCCCCACCCUGCCCUGCGAUUCCAGCUUCCUGUCGUCUCUGGCACACGGCUUUUCCUCUGUGGUUUCCUGAAACAAGGCAGGUGGCGCCGCUGGUGGGGGCCCCCUCCUGGCCAUCCCCACUGCACUCAGUAUUAAGGCCGAGGGUCCCCGGGGCGCUGGAGGGCCGGCACCUGUUAGCUCCACUGACGCAGCUUCGCUCACAGCCCACGUAGCCCGCAGGACUUCUCACGGCCUGGAGGGGGUUGAAGGCAGCCAUUCUGGUUUUUGGGUUUUUUUUUUUAUUAAAUCUUGCACAAACCCCGGC